AUGAACGCGAAACUCGAUCAACUCCUGCCUUUGAAAGAAGAAAUGGAAUCCCUUCUCCCUCUAACUGGCAAGGUGGACGGCUUACUCGUAAUGAAGUCCACAAUUGGUGAAUUGAGGGUUACGGUUAAUGAGCUGAAGGAGUCGGUGGAAUUUAACUCGGCUCAGUAUGAAACAUUACUCAAGAAAACAACCACCAACGAGACUGGGGUGAAAGAGCUCAGGGUGGAGGUGUCCCUACUUAGAACUACCAUAUCGGAAAAUGCUGACUCUAUCUUGCAACUGCAAGCGGAGUUGAACGAGACCGAACAGCACAGUCGCCUUCCUAACCUUGAAAUUCACGGAAUGCCUGUAACUCCCAACGAAAACCUGAUACAGAACGUUGCUGACCUCGCUAAGCAAUUGGAAUUGUCCUCCUUUCACACUUCCCAAAUCAUCACUCUACAUAGAUUGCACGGACAAGAAGGGAAAACGCCUCCGGUCCUGAUAAAAUUUGUAUCAGGUGAAGUUCGUGGAUCCUGGUUGAACGCGCGAGGUAAACUGCGUACGCUAGUGCUUAACAAGUCUGCUCCGCAGAUAUACUUCAAUGAGAACCUAACAAAGUUUAACUGUAAUCUCUUCUGGCUAGCCAGAACCGGUGGCAAGGUCAAUCAUUUUAAAUAUGUCUGGGUGCGCAACGGAAAGGUCUUUGCUAAGCGAGCAGAUGGGGCCACGUCCGUCCGUAUCCGAUAUGAACAGGACCUUGAAAAGAUAAACUAG